AUGGCGUCUUCCGCUCUCGCUCCUCCUACUCCUCGUUCAGGGGGCAGUUGUGAAAUCCAGAGCAUGCGGAGCAGUGCCGCUUUUGGGACUUCCUGUGGAGGGGAUUUUGAUGUGCCAACUUCCCAUUUAUAUGCACAAUACAAGAAGAGAAGAAUCUCCCCUGACAAGGAAUUGAGAGAGGCAGAACCUUUAUUGCCCAUUUUAACCGCACCAGAUUACUACAUGAAGCCUUGUUUGGCUGAUUUGGCCGCUAGGGAAAUUUCAGAUCCUGGUUAUUGCAGUCGAGUUCCGGAUUUCACGGUUGGGAGGUUUGGUUAUGGUUGUGUCAAGUUUCUGGGGCAGACUGAUGUUAGGUUGUUGGAAGUUGAUCACAUUGUGAAGUUGUACAGGCAUGAAAUUGUUGUAUAUGGGGAUGAAAGUGUUAAGCCUGCAGUUGGUCAGGGGCUCAACAAGCCUGCUGAAGUAACUCUGAAUUUGAAAGUAAGACCGUUACACCCAAAUAAGGAACAGCUUCAAGAUCUUGUGGAGAAAUUGAGAAAGAGCAUGGAGAGGCAAGGAGCCCGCUUCAUUUCAUUUGACCCCAGGAAUGGUGACUGGAGGUUUUCGGUCCAACAUUUUAGUCGUUUUGGACUGACCGAAGAUGAUGAAGAAGACAUCACAAUGGAUGAUGUUGAGGAAGUUAAUGAUCCUUCCAGGGUGACUAAAGAUGCAGAGAUUCUUGAGGAAAAUGGGGAAGCCGAAGAGGAAAUUGAGCCUACAGGGCCUAUGCUUUAUCACUCUCUUCCAGCGCAUCUUGGCCUUGACCCUAGAAAGAUGAAAGAGAUGAAGAUGUUGAUGUUUCCAUCUGAGGAUGAGGAUGGGGUUGAAGAUUUGAAUGAUCUCUCUUAUCCCAAGAUGUCCAGAAGUAAAGAGCACAUGAAGCGUUCUUUGCUGAAUGCCUCGGAGAGGAUGACUCACAGAUCUAGUCCGCAUGCAGUGAGGAAAACACCAUUGGCUUUGCUCGAGUACAAUCCUGCUGGUAUUGACUCUACUUCUCCUGGAAAUAUAUUGAUGGCCCAACAAAAGAUGGCAUUGCCUUUAACCCCAAUUAUAGGGGAUGGCUUCAAGCUCAAAUUGGAUCGCCAGACACCAGUAACUGGAAGCCAUUCUCGCAACAUAGUUGAUGCUGGGUUAUUCAUGAGCAAAUCAUUCCGUGUCGGAUGGGGUCCAAAUGGUGUUCUUCUUCAUUCUGGUGCUCCUGUAAGUAGUGGCAGCUCUGAAAGAUGGUUAUCUUCUGUCAUAAAUGUCGAGAAAGUUAGCAUUGACAAAGUGGUUAGCAAUGAAAAUGAUAAAACCAGAAAGGAACUUGUUGACUGUGCUUUUGAUGCCCCUUUCAACCUCCACAAAUCGUUAAAUCGUGACAUCAAACAAUUUCAUGUAGGUUCAUUUACACUGAAACUUCAGAAGGUGAUUACUAAUCGGCUGGCUCUUGCUGAAAUUUGUCGGAAUUAUAUAGAUAUAAUUGAGAGACAGCUGGAGGUUCCUGGAUUGUCUUCAUCCUCACGUCUGGUUUUGAUGCACCAAGUCCUGAUCUGGGAAUUGGUGAAAGUUCUUUUCUCUGUAAGGGAAAAUGUUGGGGGACCAAAUUCCUUAGGUGCUGACAAUGAGGAAGACAUGAUGCCAGAUGUUAAAGAAGGGUCUCCAGAAAUUGACGAGGAAUCACUUCCUCUUAUUAGGAGAGCAGAGUUCAGUUGUUGGUUGCAAGAAAGUGUAUGCCAUCGUGUUCAAGAGGAUCUGAGCUCUUUGGAUGAAUCCAGUUAUCUCGAACAAAUCUUCAUACUCCUUACUGGGAGGCAGCUGGAUGCAGCGGUCGAAAUGGCUGUUUCUAGAGGAGAUGUCAGAUUGGCGUGUUUGCUUAGUCAGGCUGGUGGAUCAACUGUUAAUCGUGCUGAUGUUGCACGACAACUUGAUCUUUGGAGGGCCAAUGGACUAGAUUUCAAUUUUGUUGAGAAAGAGAGGACAAGGAUCUAUGAGUUGCUUUCUGGUAAUAUUCACAAUGCUUUGCAGGGUGUUCAAAUUGACUGGAAAAGAUUCUUAGGGUUGCUGAUGUGGUAUCGUCUGUCGCCUGAGACACCAUUGCCUGAUCUUUUCAAAAAUUAUGAACUCCUCCUCGAUGAAGGUAAAGCUCCAUAUCCUCUUCCAAUUUAUGUAGAUGAAGGACCAGUUGAGGAGGAAAUGGGUGAUACAGAAAAGAACUUUGAUCUCACAUACUAUCUCAUGCUUCUUCAUGCCAACGGGGAGGGUAAAUUUGGCGCUCUGAAGACCAUGUUCACUACUUCAUCUUCAACAUAUGAUCCACUAGACUACCAUAUGAUUUGGCAUCAAAGAGCAGUGCUGGAGGCAGCUGGUGUCUUUACUUCUAAUGAUCUACAAGUGCUUGACAUGGGAAUUGUUUCCCAGUUAUUGUGCACUGGACAAUGUCAUUGGGCGAUUUAUGUGGUGCUUCACAUGCCACAAUGUGAUGAUUAUCCUUAUCUACAUGCUACUGUAAUUCGGGAAAUUUUGUUUCAGUAUUGUGAAACUUGGAGUUCAGACGAAUCACAAUACCAAUUCAUUCAGAAUCUUGAAAUUCCAUCGGAGUGGCUGCAUGAAGCUAUGGCAGUAUAUUUCAAUUACCAUGGGGAUCUGUCAAAGGCCCUUGAGCACUUCCUUGAAUGUGCACACUGGCAGAAGGCUCACUCUAUUUUUACAACUUCAGUCGCUCAUACACUGUUUUUGUCUGGCAAGCAUUCAGAAGUUUGGAGACUUGCUACUCAAAUGGAGGAACACAAAUCUGAAAUUGAAAACUGGGAGCUGGGAGCUGGAAUCUAUAUUUCCUUCUUACAGCUUAAAAGUUCAUUUCAAGAGGAUAACAAUACCAUGAACGAAAAGGAUCCUCUUGAGAGCAAGAAUUCUGAAUGCAGGGGAUUCCUUAGUCAGCUUAAUGAAUCUUUAGAGACUUUGGGCAACAGAUUGCCAACCGAUGCAAGGAUUGCAUACUCAAAGAUGGCCGAGGAGAUAUCCGAGUUGCUGCUCUCGAUAAGUAGUUGGGGAGAAUCACGGGAUGCCCAGUUGAGCUGCUUUGAGACAGUUCUUACGGCUCCCGUCCCUGAAGCUCUUUGUUCAAACCAUCUGCAAGAUGCUGUCUCGCUCUUUACAUGUUAUCUCUCGGAGAUGGCCACUCAAUCCGUCUAG